AUGGCGCUUCCCCCUAAGCUUUACACAUGGCUUUGCGGCUGCUUUGCAGCCCUUGGUUCCAUACUUUUCGGUUACGACUUAGGCGUCAUCGCUGGAGUCAUUGUCUCCCCUGACUUUCUGCGCGUCACCAACAACCCUAGCGCAGAUUACAUUGGCUUCAUUGUCAGUUCCAUGUUGCUUGGCGCCUUUGUCGGUUGUAUCCCUGCCUCCCUCAUUGCCGAUGCUUUCUCCCGUCGUUUCGCUAUCAUGGUUGGUGCCAUCAUCUUCAUCCUCGGUGGUAUCCUCCAGACCGCUGCUGCUAACCAAGGGAUGAUGAUGGCUGGUCGAUUCUUCGCCGGCGUUGGUAUCGGUAUGCUCUCGCUUCUCGCUCCCCUAUACCAGUCCGAGAUCGCCCAUCCUUCCAUCCGAGGCAGACUCACCACUCUCCAGCAAUUCUUCCUCGGUAUCGGCGCUCUGAUUGCCAGUUUCGUCGUUUACGGCUGCAGCAUCCACCAGGCCGGCACCGUCUUUGAGUGGCGAUUCCCCCUCGGUCUCCAGAUCGCCCCUGCCGUUCCCCUUGCUUUCCUCAUCAUGCUCUUCCCCGAGUCGCCUCGAUGGCUCAUGACCAAGGGUCGCGAGGAGGACGCUCUCCGCUCGCUUGCUCGCCUCCAUGCCCGUGGUGACACCUCCGAUGUCUUCGUUCGUGCCGAGCUUGCCGAGAUCAAGGCUCAGCUUGCCGUUGAGAAGGGAACCGCUAGUGGUUGGAGCGAGAUCUUCAGCAGCAGGCAGAACAUCCGCAAGGUCGCCAUCGGUGUUAUCCUUCAGUUCUCAGUCCAAAUCACCGGUGUCGCUGCUAUCCAGUACUACGCUCCCGACAUCUUCAAGGUCUUUGGCUACAGCAACUCACGUAUCUUUUUGCUCCAGAGUAUCAACUCGAUCAUUGCCCUCAUAGGUGAAGCUGCUUGCGUCCUCUUUGUCGACAAGCUCGGUCGUCGAUGGCCCCUCAUCGUCUGCAACUCCAUGGCUGGUGCCUGUUUCUCCGUCGCCACCGCUCUUCAAGCUGUCUACCCCGCCGCCGGUCCUAACCCCAACAAGCAUGCCGGUGGUGCUUUCAUCGCCAUGAUCUGGAUCUUUAACUUCUUUUUCUCGGCCGGAAUUGGACCUCUUUCGUGGGCAGUGCCAGUCGAAAUCAUGAACACUUCGAUCCGAGCCAAGGGCACCGCUCUCACAAGUAUCAGCUGCUGGGUUGCAAAUUUCAUGAUUGGCCAGGUCACCCCCAAGGCUCUUGCAAGCAUUGGCUGGAAGUACUACCUUCUCUUCGCGAUCGGUGGUUUCACCAACGCCCUCACCUUCUACCUCAUCCUUCCCGAGACCAAGGGACGAACACUCGAGGAGAUGGACGCCUUCUUCGAGAGGACGCCUUUCAUUGUUGCUUUCACCGACAUGACCAUCUCUGACAAGGAGCGCGAGGAGCAGCUUCGAAGAGGUGUUAUCCAUGCUCCUCAGGGCGAGUUCCUCGAGACUGGAAGCCAUGAAGACAAGUACGAUGGCCUCAAGACCAGCAGCCACGACCACGACGUUGAGAAGCACUGA